AUGGAUGUCGAAUCGAAGAUCACGAAGGGAGCCUUGGACGCCAUCUUCAACGACCCCGAAGGUGCCAACACGAAAUUCCCAGUCCCGGUUCUUCAGUGCCUGCAAAUCAAGCCUUUGGCCGCACAAGCAGGAGGCAACGCGGAGAGAUACCGGAUUGUUCUCAGCGAUGUGAGCAACUAUGUUCAGUGCAUGUUGGCUACGCAGGUCAACCAUGUUGUCCACGACAACAAGCUGGUCAGAAACUGCAUCGUGCGGAUUACUCAGUACCAAGCGAACUCCGUGAAGGGGAAGAACAUUCUGAUUAUCCUCGGCCUCGAGGUUGUCGAGCAGUUCGGCACACCAGACAAGCUCGGCGAGCCUCAAGCCUUUGAAGCGAAGCCUCCUGCAGCAGCAAACACAACCAUCGGCGGACAGAACUUCUACGGUGUCAAGCAAGAGGAGACCAAGCCCACACCAAAGCCUCAAUCGAUACCCACGCGCUCUGCUGGAGGUGCCACCGGCCAGCAUGGAAGCAAUAACAUCUACCCUAUCGAAGCCCUCUCUCCCUACGCUCACAAGUGGACCAUCAAGGCUCGCGUCACGCAAAAGUCAGACAUCCGGACAUGGCACAAGCCUAGUGGCGAGGGCAAGCUGUUCAGUGUCAACUUGCUUGACGAGAGUGGCGAGAUCAAGGCAACCGGCUUCAACGACCAAUGUGACCAGUACUACGAUCUGCUUCAGGAGGGAGGUGUCUACUACAUCUCCAACCCUUGCAAAGUCCAACUUGCCAAGAAGCAAUUCACAAACCUGCCGAACGACUACGAGCUCACUUUCGAGCGCGAUACCCAGAUCGAGAAGGCAGAGGAUCAGAGUAGUGUGCCGCAGGUGCGGUUCAACUUCUGCAACAUUCAAGAGCUUCAGGAAGUCGAGAAGGAUGCGACCGUUGACGUUAUUGGCGUUUUGAAGGAGGUCGCUGAGGUGUCCCAAAUCGUCUCCAAGUCGACUGGCAAGCCUUACGAGAAGCGUGAGCUCACGUUGGUCGACGACACGAAUUACUCAGUUCGCGUCACCAUCUGGGGCAAGAGCGCUACUAACUUUGACGCCAAGCCUGAGUCUGUCGUGGCUUUCAAGGGUACUAAGGUGUCUGACUUUGGUGGUCGCAGUCUCAGCCUGCUUUCUUCUGGAACGAUGUCCAUUGACCCGGAUAUUCCUGAUGCUCACCGUCUGAAGGGCUGGUAUGACUCAUCUGGUCGCAAUGAUACCUUCAGCAGCCACAACAACAUGGCCAGCAUGGGCAAUGCCACUGGUCGCAAGGACCAGGACAAGUCCAUUCUCCAGGUGAAGGAGGAGAACUUGGGCAUGGAGAACCAAGACUACUUCAACCUCAAGGCUACCAUUGUCUACAUCAAGCAGGAGAACUUUGCUUAUCCCGCAUGUAGCAACGAGGGCUGCAACAAGAAGGUGACUGACAUGGGAGAUGGUACCUGGCGUUGCGAAAAGUGCGAUGUUGCCCACCCGAAGCCCGAAUAUCGGUACAUCAUGUCUAUCAACGUGUGCGACCACACCAACCAGCUGUGGCUCAGCUGCUUCGAUGAUGUCGGUCGUGUCAUCAUGGGCAUGUCGGCAGACGAUCUUAUGGCUUUACGCGAGGAGGAUGAAACGAAGAUGGCACAGGCAUUCGAGCAAGCGAAUUGCACCAAGUUAAACUUCCGAUGUCGUGCGAAGAUGGACACCUUCGGCGAAGCUCAGAGGGUACGCUACCAGGUCUUGAGCGCAGGGCAGAUCGACUACAAGGCCGAGGGAGCUAAGCUUGCGGAUCUCAUAAAGCAAUUUGGUAUCAGCUCGUAA